CUCCGUCAGUCAAUACAAUCAAACCGACCAAUCACAGUGUAUACAGCGAUCGGACCAGACGCAGAGCAGAGAAGAUUUCGUCGGGUGAAAAAAGAAAGAAAAAAUACAGUCUCGCGCAAGGACUCACUGCAAAAAUAUUAGCUGCAGCAAAUGUCACAACAAAAAUAAGGACAAAAACAGGUCACGGUAAAAAUGUCCCCGGAAACGGAAUCGAUCCUACAGGCUCCGUCUUAUAACGUUUCCGACUGGCAACCGAUUACACUGACGUUAGUGGAAUAUCCUAAAGGCGAUUUACUGGGAAAACUGCUAGCGUGGAUUAGCUUGGCACCGUUAGGUAUUGGGGCCGGCUUCUUGGCACUGAUACUGUUUCGACGAGAUUUACAUACCAUUGUGUUUUUUGUUGGCACGUUGUUCAAUGAAUGCAUCAAUAUAUUGCUUAAGCACUGCAUUCAGGAGCCUAGACCAGUAAACCGAUCGCAAAUGUGGACUGAAUACGGGAUGCCUUCUAGUCACUCGCAGUGUAUGUGUUUUUUUGCACAGUACGUACUACUCUUCAUUUUUAUAAGACUGCAUCACAUGAACAACAAUAACGCUCGGGCAGAGCGCUUAGUGCGGCUGUUUGUCCUAGCUGUAUGUUGGGCAGUGACUUUCCUCGUUUGUUUCGGCAGAGUUUAUCUGCAAUAUCACAGCUCACAACAGGUGCUAGUCGGCGCUGUAGUUGGUAUUAUCGUCGGAACGUUGUGGUUCUUUUUGACCCACUGUUUCCUGACACCGUACUUUCCGGUGGUUGUCUCCUGGCGGGUAUCCGAACUUCUGCUGCUACGAGAUACCACACUGAUUCCAAACAUUUUAUGGUUUGAGUACACUGUCACCCGACAGGAAGCUCGGGCCCGGGCUCGCAAGCUAGUUAGCAUGAAGUCCCAGUGACGUUUCUGGUCCCUUUGAUCGAACCACUUUAGCUUCGGCAGGCGUUACGUUAAGUAGGGUAGCUGCCCGGGCUCAGCUCUAGCAAACAAUAUAAUGCCUGGAAGUUUGCUGUGGCAGGUGCAGACAAUUACGCAUUACUGUGCUAGUGCAAGUUUAUCAUGAACACACAAUCUCUCACAUGCAUCUCGUAGUUACAGGAAUAACCGACGCACAGAAACUUAACUCUAGAAACGGAGUUUACAGCAGAAUCGUAAUGUAGAGCAAACAUUAGCGUUAAACCUAUCAUCAAUAAUGAUUUCGAUUGUUUGGCAUAAUGGUUGUUGGUUUAGAACCAUAACUGAUAUCUGCACAUUAGAAGUAUUUUUGCUAUCGAAAAACAAGACGUAGAGUUUAGAGUAAGCCUUCUAACACUCCUUGAACAAUUUUCUUAUUUUCAUGAGAUUUGAUGUAAUCUUGGUAGAACUAAAUAAUCGUUAUUUCAAAUAAUCGAUUUUCUGAUCACUUGAAAUGAUUUCACAUUGUGCGAAAAUUGUUGACCGCGAUACUUUUCACAUAGGAAAACACGAUUAGUUUCCCUGUCCCGCUCCAUUUCGGCUUCACUGUUUAACUCCUCCCCGUUGUACGUCCCUCAUGCGUGUAGAGGUUGAAAAAAAACUAUAAUCCCGUUCUACUAGAAGAUUAACCUAUGUGAUAGAGUUUUGAGAGCGGUACAAUCACAUUUGUUACAAUCGAAACGAAGAGAUUCGUUUAUCACGCCGCUAGGACUGGCAACUGCCAUUCAUAAAAAUAAAAAUUUCAAUAGAUGCAAACUAAUUUAUAGAGAGACAGGCGGACAGCCGAAACAAGCGUAGGCAAAGCAAGUUAUUAUUCUUAGUUGACCCGACAAAAAAAAUUGAGCGAAGACUUUUUUGUGUUCCCCACCCAAAAAAAGGGGAAUCGAAUGCGUUAUUUGUAACAGUUAUUGAGUGUAGCCGUAUUCCUAAAAAAAAUUGGAUCUAAUAAACAAGACAAUUCAUCUUGAGUAA